CGCAAAUUUUGUACGUAGUGUUACGAGCUACUAUUGGUCGUUCAUGUUAUGCUGAACAUAUUGUCAUUAGUGUACUAAAUGUUUUUUGAUCUAGAAAUUUAUUAAUUCAUCACCAAAUAUAUAUGUUUUAUAAGUCACUAAUCCGUUUACCAUCAAUGGUCAACUUAAGUGUCGUUCUAAUGCUACUCUCCAGAAUUGGACAGUAAGGUCAUGCAGUCAUUUAAGUGUAUACUCAGGAAAGGUAUUCCAUUACGAACCGCCUAUCGAUAUCGAAGUUAUGGUGUCAAAUUAAAAAGUUUUGAUCCACCUUAUUUGUCUGUCAAACCACCUAUUCAUGUUUAUCAAGGUGUGCAGUUUGAUGUAAGAGGACAUGACUACGUGCAGCUAGAGAAGUUCACUUCAUACAUACACAAGUUUUUCAUCAAUUGUGGUUAUGAAGUUGAAAAUUUUCCACUGCCUCCCAGCAAGAAGCUCUACCGACUGUAUCAUACUAAUUCGACAAAUAUCCGGUCAGAUUUCGAAAUAUCUGAAUUUCGAAGAAUAUAUAGAGUAUUACUACUUAUUUCUGCUUACUUUUCUUGUGGUUUCUUCAGAUAUCGGGUGUGAAAGCUGUUCACUUACCAAUAUUAUUAGAUAUGAUCUACCAAAAUUUAUCUUCAGGGAUUAAAAUUCAUGUUGGAAAGAUGGAUACUUCCUUAGAUGAAAAUCGUUUCGUUCCACAACUUGAAAAAGAAGCAUUGGAAAAGGAACUGUCGAAACUCAAAUGUUAAAAAUUUCCUGAUUUUCGGCAUUUUGUACACAAAUUCAACUAGUUCUUAAGCACUGAUAUUUCUGUUUAUUGUUCCAUUCGAUCGAGAGGGUUAUUUAUUUAUUUAUUUGAACACAUAAAUAUUGGUACAAGAGGGCACCAAAUAUAUAUGUGCCACAAAAUGACUUGGUAAA